AUGGUUGCCCUCUCCCUCAUCACUCUCGCCACGCUCCUGGGCUCUGCCCUGGCGAACCCUGUGCCGGUCCCAUCUUUUGAUGUUGAGAUCCCGGCCGCCAAUGCUUCCGAGGUGGACAAGCGCCAGGCUGCAGAGGGAGUCUACCUUUUGAAUUGCGGCCCUCCCUCCAACCCGAAUACAUACCACCCUGUUGUUUACUGCCCCGACAUCUCCAACUGUGGCCGCAUCCCCUCCAACAACAACCUCUGCUACGGCCCCACCAAGUGGGAGACUUCCACUGGCUCUUGCAGAUUCCCGACCGGCGUCACUUUCACCUGGAAUAUUGUGGCCAACGCCCAGGAGUUCCCCUACUUUGCCGUGGUUGGGAGUGGGAACAAUGGACGCCCGCGCCCUUUCACCAUCCGCAAAGAUAACCAGGGUGUUUUGUACAGGGAUGGUCAGGGAUACAACUGCAGAGCCAUUUAUGUUGCUGUGUAG